CAGCUUGACGAUCGUAUCUCUUAUUCCAUCUUGAUCAUUCAGCAAUCAUGGUCGAAUCGGUCAUCAUCUCGACCCUCCAACCGUACUGCACGACGACCACCCUCCUCGGCGCCCUCAUCCUCGCGUUACCUCUAUGGAUCACCUAUAACCUGUUCUUCUCUCCGUUGGCUUCGAUCCCGGGCCCAUGGACCGCCCGAGCGGGGGUUUCACUCUUCAAAGCCAGGUCGGCGGGGAAUACGACUUGGGUCUGGGAUCUCGAACGGUUGCAUAAGCGGUACGGACCUAUCGUCAGGGUAUCCACCAAUCACUUGUCGAUCUCGGACCCAAACGCCCUAGCAUCGAUUUACCGGAUCGCCAACCCGCUGCACAAGACGGACUUUUAUCACGUCUUUCAGGCUGUCCCGGGGAAACCUUCGUUGUUCAGCGAUACCGAUUUCGAAUCCCACAAGAUUAGGAAAAAGGCUGUGGCCCCGGCGUAUGCGAUGACGUUCUUGACGAACUUGGAAGAGUGCGUGGAGGGGGUCGUUCUUUCGCUCAAGGAGCGGAUGAGGGAGAUCUUGGAGAACGGCAACGGUAAUCAUGGGAUUGGGAUGCAAAAGGGACGAGGAGUGGAUGUCGAGUUUGACAAGAUGGCGCAUUAUUUCGCGAUGGACGCCGUAGGCGAGCUGGCCUUCGGCAAAGGCUUCGACCUCCUCUCCCCCUACACCUUCCACUCCCCCCAACAGACUAUACAAUCCGACCGGUUCUUACGAGGAGUAGCCAACCUUUCUCAUUGGGGAGGCGUUGCGGGGACCUUGCCGCCUUGGAUAGGAAGACGAGCGUUGAAUGUCUGGAAGAGGUGGACGACCCAGCCGGGGAGCGAUGUGAUUGUGGAUGCGACUAGGAGUCGGGUGGCGGCGAGGUAUGGAGCUGUUAUGAACGGGGAGGAGGUUAGGAAGGAUAUGUUGAACAAGUUUAUGAACGCCAAACACCCCAACGGGUCGACUUAUUCGCAGACCGACGUGUUGUUUACAGCUACGUCUGUCGUAGCCGCUGGAUCUGAUACGACGGCGGUAGCGACGGCUUCGUUGUUUGCGUUCUUGACGGGGAAUCCCGAGGUGUAUGCCAAGCUGCAGAAGGAGGUCGACGAUGCUUUUCAGGAUGGGACCCUGACGACCCCGGUUCCUUAUUCGAAAGCCGCUCAAUUGCCAUACCUCCAAGCGUGCAUCAAAGAGUCGCUCCGUCUCCACCCUCCGAUCUCGAUGGAACUCCCUCGGAUCGUCCCAGAGGAAGGCAUGUUGCUCUGCGGCAAGUUUGUACCGGGGGGCACGAGCGUGGGAUGCUCGCCUUAUAUCGUCCAUCGGCAAAAGGAAGCCUAUGGGGAGGACGCCGAAGAGUUUAGACCGGAGCGAUGGAUCGAAGCGGAUAGGGCGGAAAAGGAGGGUGGGGAUGGAGGUGAGACGAGGCGCAGGUUGGAGAGGUUUUAUUUCACGUUUGGCGGGUCGACCACGUCUUGCAUCGGCAAGAACAUCUCGCUCAUGGAGGUCAGCAAGUUGGUACCCGAGCUGUUGCACGAAUUCAGCUUUGCGCGAGUUCCGAGAGGGCCCGGGUCGCCACACGCCCAUCCUCCUCGACAUCGUGAUGGGAAGAGCCAGGAACCUGGAGGUGGGCCGGCUCCGUGGUAUUGUUCGAGCUCGUGGUUCCUGGAGACCAAGGAUCUCUGGCUCCACGUCGCGGAGAGAAACGUCAAGGAGGAAUGAGGGGAAGGGGAGACAUGUCGACAUUAGUGACAAUUAGGGGUUGUAGGUCUCGUGCGUGUAACAGUAGAAGGACGAACACAGGUGCGAGUUUCGUUUUUCGAUCACGGCUGGCGUUUGUCAUGAACGUCGUUGUAGCAAGAACUACACUGUACAACAAGGUCGCUUGCGUAUAGUCAGGCAAUGAUACGAGGGCACACACGACGGUAGAUAGACAAGGAGCGUUUCUUGUGUAGAAUCGCUAGUACCAAAUGUUGCAGCAUUCCAUUUCCGG